UAAAGAUUACCAACUUUAUUUGAUUAAUUAUACAAAUAUUUAUAACUUUGUAGUGAAAUCAAAUACUUUGAAAUUCGUGUUCAAAAUGAUCUACAAACUAAUUAUUUUAAGUUUUGUGUUCUUUUCCAUGUUCAUAAAGUUAAAUGAUGCUCAAUCAGCUACAAUUAGGGAGAGACAUUGUCGGAAAACACAUUGUGGUGACAACCGACCUAUUUAUCAAGUAUUUGAGCAAUGUAGGAGAGAAUUCAAUAGUAAUGCAAUCCGACGUGAACGGUGUGCUGAUGGACGUCUUCGCUAUCGAUGCUGUGAAGCCUGUGCGAAUGUACCCUGUUCAAAUGCACCUUUCAAUAUAGUAGACCCGAUUUGUACUGACAAACUUGCUGAACUUGUUCCACCAGACCCACGUACGAGGUCCCGGCUUCUCUUAACUUCCGUCUCACGCAGGAAUUGUGGUAUAAAUGGUUAUGCCAGUCAAUGCUGUCUAAGCUGAACCUUUUCAACACAUGACUACAGCAUUUGGAAGAAUUGGUUGGUUUGCUUGAAACGAUGAACUUGGAUGGACUAAAAGAUAAACGAUUUAUGGUCAAUAGGACUAAACAAAUAAUUAUAUGUUUGAUGUAACAAGAAUAAGAUGCAACUUAAAACACUUAUCCCGAUUAUUUCAUCAAUAAAAAUUUAAUAGCAUUAUAUCAAGCC